UGGUGAAGUGGCAAUUUCUCUUUUGACACGUUGUUUUAGGGUUUUCGAUGGGGAACAGUGAGAGUCGCGACGAGGAAUUCGAGCUUGUUUGCAGGAGGUUCUCGGAAUCGGAGGUGAAUCAGCUCAAGAAGCUCUACCUCUCGCUUGCUGCGCAGUCCCGAAGCAAUGGAGAGUAUAUCAUCGCUUCAGCCUUCCAGGCUUACUACGGAAUCCAUGGCGCUCUUGGAUCUCGUCUCUUUGAUCUGGUUACUCAGCUCCGGAAAGACCAGCGUAUGACUUAUCGAGAUUUCGUCACCGCUAAGGCAAAAUAUGAGAAAGGCUUUCCUGACGAAGUGGAGGAGUUCAUGUUUAAGCUGCUCGAUCUGAAUGGCGACGAUCUCGCUGACAGAGAGGAGGUCGAAGCUGUGAUUCUUUCCAUGCUAGAGACUGUUCUUGGCCCCAAGGACGCCGUCACUGGCGAUGGCUUGCCAGACUCAAGCGUCCAAGCGUUUCUAAAACCCGUGAGAUGGACGGAGGAUCAAGGAAAGCUCUUGAUGACCCCUCAAGAGUUUCAUCGGUGGUGUAAGCUGGUGCCCUCAGCAAAAAAGUUUCUCACGAACAUAUUACAUUCUCCAGGAACAGUGAUCCGUGGGCGCCAGGUCCCUCAGUUCUUGAUCCCACCAAAGCUUGACAACCAAAACAUUAUUUUGAGAAGAGAACACGCUUGGCACAUCGCCGGGAAGCUACAACCGCAAGAGUGCGAGGACUGGAUGCUCCUCUACCACAGCUCAGUGAAUGGAGCGAGUUUCAACACCUUCUUGAAGAGUGUGAGUGUUUCGAAAGGAUGCACGAUCUUGGUGAUCAAGGACAAAGAGGGCUGUAUUUACGGUGGCUAUGCUUCUCAGCCGUGGGAAAAGCACAGCGAAUUCUACGGCGACAUGAAGUGCUUUUUGUUCACAUUGUACCCAGAAGCGGCUAUCCAUCGGCCAUCCGGCUCAAACUCAAACUUGCAAUGGUGCGCGAUAAACUACACUUCUCCCAACAUACCAAACGGAAUCGGCUUUGGGGGCCAGAUUCACCACUUUGGGCUGUUCAUCCACUCGGCAUUCGAUCGGGGAAGCACGUAUCCGUCGGUGACAUUCAACAGUCCAGCGCUGUCGAGCCAAGCAGCCAUAACUCCCGACGUCAUAGAGUGCUGGGGCAUUGUGGUGAAAGGUGGCGAAGAGGGCGACAAAGGCGUGGCAGUGGGUCCUAAAGGCACCAUUCUGGAGAGGUUCAAGGAAGAGCGAAACAUGCUCAACCUUGUUGGAAUCGCAAAUGCAAGUCAUAACUAAGGAAGAAACCUCUUAUCGUGUUUAUUUGUAUGAAUAAUCACUUUGACAAGUUCUUCGAA